GCGCGAGUAGCGUGUGUACGUGUUACGUCUGAAGUCCGUUCUUCGGCCCCGAUUUGCGCGCCACCGCGGGGCGUCGGUCUCGUUCACAGCCGAUUCUUCAGAAGUUCAGAUGGAAGCUGUGUCUGAUCAGCCACCCUCCUCUGGCCCAGAAGAGGGGCCCCUGGUCGCCGUGAGUUUCCAGAAGAAUCGGGAGCAGGUUCGGAAGUACCUGGAGGCCGAACCCAAAGCCUUAGGGAUCAGCGAGAUCUUACUCAGCAUGUUCAUAGUCAACACCAGCAUCAUCACCCUCACCAGCAAUGUUAACCAGCAUAACAUGGACAUCGUACAGAUCAUCUCAUCUCUCUUUCUCAUAGUUGCAGGAGCAGUGGCCAUAGCUGCCAAGAACCUUCAUCUGCCCACAGUGAAGGCCUGCUUGGGCCUUCAGGUGCUCGCCUGCAUGGCAUGCGUGGUCAACUUCAUCGUCAGCUGUGCCAAGUUUUCAGACCCCCCCAUCAGCUACUUUUGCUGGAUAGCCAGAUAUUCAGGGAACACAAACCAGAAUGCAUUCUGCACCAUGCUCAUCAGCACCUUCGAGCAUUACAAUGCAGUUGCGUUCGUGGUCCACAUGGCUCUCAUGGCCAUCAGUGCCACCCUGGCUGCGUACUGCUGCAAGGUCAUCGACUGCUGCUGCCCCAAGUCCAAGAUGCCGGUGAUCACCGUUAAUGUCCCCCCAGCUGAGGAGUGAGAGGAUGAGGGACACUCAAGGGGGGCAGGAAGCGAAGCUGACGAUGAUGGUGGAGAAGAAGAAGCUCAAAGUGUCGUGUCAUCGCUGUAGUAACUCACCCAGUAACACACUAAGCGGAGCUGCAGUGGAGGAGCGUAUCCUUGAAGGACAAUCCUAGCGACCCUGUAAACACUAAAAAGGUACCCCUGUUGUUGCUGUCAUUGAUUCUCGGUGACAACAUUAACAAAGCUUAACCACAAUACCAAUAUUGAAACCACAUGAGUGUAAAACUACUCUUAUUAACCACACUCUUAUUGUGAUAUGCAAUUAACUUGUCUUUAUAGUUACACUAUGUAGCUCAGCAUGAUUUUUUUUUUUUACAUUAUGAAAACAUGCAUAAACUUUUGCAUUUAUAUUACAGCCUAACUAUAUUCAGUUACAUAAUUCAGAGACGUUCAUAGU